AUGAGUUCAUCUGAGAAACAAAAAGUAGUCGUGAACACUGCUCCUCCGUACGUCGCUUUGAGACCAAAUGACAAGCUAGCCACUGUGAUGACGGUGGCGACGUCGGAUUCUAGUGGUGGGGCAGGAAUUGAGGCAGAUCUUAAGACGUUCACGGCACACAAAUGUUACGGACUGACAUGUCUGGCAGCAUUGACAGCUCAAACUCCCAAAAAUAUUUACUCGAUCCAUGAGGUGCCCAGGGAGCAUUUCAAACUGGCUUUGACGGCUAACAUGCGCGAUAUGCGUGUGGACGCCAUCAAGACCGGAAUGCUGACGAAAAACUCCGUAGAAGUGCUGAUAGAAGCUCUCAGCGAGAUCGAACCGACAAAAAGACCUGCCCUGGUGGUAGAUCCAGUUCUGGUGGCAUCUUCGGGAGCAACACUGGUGAGUGACGACUCUGUGGUGCAGCAAAUCAAGCUGCUGGCGCCAUUGGCCUCGCUUUUGACACCCAAUAUCCACGAAGCAUCUAAGCUUUUGGGUUGCAGUGAGGAAAUGUUAAAGCUGAACACCGUUGACGACAUGAUUUCAAGGGCGAAAGACCUUCAAAAAGAGACUGGAUGCCCAAAUAUUCUUCUGAAAGGUGGUCAUGUCUCCUGGGAAGGAACAGAACUAAAGGGAAUCGUAACUGACGUUCUAUACACAGCGAGCAAUGAAUGCAUUGUCUACCAAAGUGACAGGUGUGACUCCAAAAACACGCAUGGAACAGGGUGCACGCUGGCUUCUGCCAUCGCGAGUAAUUUGGCUCACGGUGAAACCUUGGAGCACGCUGUGUACGGUGGGAUCCAGUAUGUACACAACGCCAUUCAAGUUGGCUGCGAGGUAACCAGGUCCCAUAUUGAGGAAAACGGUCCCAUCAACCAUGUGUACGCGAUCAAAAUGCCCCUGCUCGAGAUGGUCAAAGAUCUGUGCUACUCUGCUCAUGCGCUAGCCAUAAACUCGGAGCGCGAACUCGCGGCAAAGGACGCAAGAGGCCGUUCGGGAAGUAGCAGUAGCCAGAACAGCAGUAGCACUAGCAGUUUGGUGUCACAGAUUCGCGAUUCGGGCCACUUUUUCGAGUACUUGAUCUCGGACCCUCGCGUCAAACCUCACUGGGAGUCGUACGUGAACCACGAGUUUGUGAGAAAGGUUGCCAACGGAACUUUAGAACGGGAGAAGUUCAGAUUCUUCCUGGAACAGGAUUAUGCAUACCUUGACAAUUAUGCACAAAUACACUGUUUGGCCGCGAGUAAAGCGCCUGCGGUCGAGGAUUUUGACAAAUCCGUGGAGAUCGUGACGAAGAUCAAAACCGAAAUGGAGAAGCAUCGCGAAAAGAUGAUGAGCCAUUUCAAGAUAGAAGACAUGAAGCACUUCGAUACGAUCCGGAUGGGGCCUGCGUUGAGGAACUAUGCGCGGUUUUUCGACGACGUGGCCAAGAAUGGUUCUUGGGUGCAUCUUUGCGCGGCCUUGUCGCCUUGUUUGAUGGGGUAUGGCCAUGCGUUGCGCAAAGUCGAGAAGGACAUUACUGUUGACAAAGAUGACAUUUACUACGCAUGGUGCCAGGACUAUCUGGCGCCGUGGUACGUGGAAGGUAUGGAAGAGGGUCUAAUUCUGCUGGAUCGGAUCUGCCAAAUGACUGAUGACUGGGACACUUUGUGUGAAAUCUACGCUGCAGUGUGCAAACUCGAGACGGAGUUCUGGGAUGCCGCGCUGCACUACCAAGAGAGCAAUUGA